GUCUUAUCCCUGCCUUGAACAGACUCUAUUCUGAACGAGUUGUGAAUUAGUCCAAAUUGUCGGCUGCCUAAAAAGGGUUAAACUUAAUUGGCUUAGAAAAGCUAAUAAAGUCGUGAAGACUUGGAUGAAUUAAAGCACCAAGAUGCAAGUCUUUUUCCACUCGUCAUUACUCAAUAUUCAACUUUAGGUGAAAUAUCGUUUUCAAAACUAUGUAUGGUGCAGAGGAAUCAAAAGAGAGUGUGUGAACUCUAGCUAAUCAAAUAGACCCUUGCUUGACCACAAGUUUGAGGGCAUAGACUUGACAAGUUUUUGGAGCAUGUUUCAUGCAUUAGCUUCUGGAAGUUGCACAGAUGUGUUUACCUGAUAAGCCGUUGCUUUCUUGAAGAAACUAUUGCUUUCGCCUUCAAGCAUGAAUGCAAGGAAGCAUAGAGACAAUAUCACGAAUCUAGGAAAGAGGAAAAAGUGUCAAAUUUCUGUGUCAUGGAUAUUGAUUUUCACCUUAAGCUAGUUACACUACAAGGUUACCUACUUGCAAGGUUUUAAGGAACAUCCACUACUGCUUAGCUACAAUUUUAGGAGCUCUUUUACCCAAAAGACUAAUUCAUUACCUGGUACUUAAUGGUAUCAGUCCCACAUAUUUUAAGUUUUCGUUCCAACUACAACUUAAUCAGUCUAUAAGUAACUUUUCUCCUAAUUCAACUCUUCAAAAAGCUAUCAAUUAUUAUAACUCAAAUACAAAAAAGAGAGUUGAAUACAAAACGUUUGUUCAUUCAUUGUAAUAUCUAAUAUCAGCAUAAAACAACCUUAGACAUUCGCCAUUGAUGAGACACGAGGACCAACAAAAGAGGUAACCUUAUAUUCAUGUCUACCUAAUACAGGUCAAACUUGUCCAAAGAAAAAUUUGACACAAACUUCAGAAAAUGUGUUUGUAUUCACGUUUGUUUCGGUUUCAACGUAAUACUAUAUUUUUGAGAGACGUUUUCUCCAGCUAAGAAACUUAUAAACCUAAUCACUAAUAGGAAAAAAAGAAGUUUGGCCAUGCCAGAAAUUGAGGAAUUUAGUAUCAGCCGUUACCGAUUUCAUGUUCUUUUUUUUUCACUCAACGCCAGCAGUUACAGAAAUCCAACGUUAAAACCGUGAGCUUCAUGGUGUAACUCUUAUUCUCCUCUUUGCUGUCCGGACACAGAAAAGCUCUGGUUCAGUGAAAGCACAGAGCUUCGAGAGUGUCAAGCGAUGAAAAAAGUUCUUCUAAUGUUUGUUCUUACUAUGAUUCUACUGUUCUUUUUCUGCACCUCCACUGCAAAUGACUCUAUAUCCCAAUUUAAAUCACUUUCUGUAGGCAAUACAUUGGUUUCUGAAGAGGGUACUUUUGAAUUGGGUUUCUUCCGUCCAGGACGUGCUGCAGAUCUUUACUUGGGGAUAUGGUACAAGUCAAUACCUGUGAAGACUGUUGUGUGGGUUGCCAACAGAGCCAAGCCAGUAAAAGGCAACUCAAGUGUGUUGCAUAUUAACAGUGAGGGAAAUCUUGAGCUUGUCAACCAUAAUGGGGUUGUGGCUUGGUCAGCAAACUCCACAAAGAAGGUUCAGAAUCCCAUUGUCCAGCUGUUAAAUUCUGGAAAUUUGGUAGUGAGAGAUGAAGGAGACCAAGAUCCUGAAAGCUACUUGUGGCAAAGCUUUGAUUACCCUUCUGAUACACUUUUACCAGGAAUGAAGCUGGGAUGGGACUUAAGAACCGGCCUUGAGCGGCGUGUAUCUGCUUGGAAGAAUUGGGAUGAUCCAUCACCAGGUGAUUUCAGUUGGGGUAUCUCUCUCGAAGGAUUUCCUCAAGUGAUGAUGUGGAAGGGGUCAAAGGUGUUUUACCGUGGUGGUCAUUGGAAUGGUCUUGGAUUCAGUGGUGCCCCAGAAUUGAAGGCAAAUCCAGUUUUUAAGUUCAAGUUUGUUUCCAACGAGAAUGAGGUGUACUACACCUACAGCCUCACGAAUGAGUCUAUCAUUUCAAGGAUUGUUAUGAACCAAUCUAUUUCCACUCGCCAAAGGUACAUAUGGAUUGAAGAUGCUCAAGCUUGGAGGAUUUAUGCAUCUGUACCGAGAGAUAACUGUGAUUCCUACAAUAUCUGUGGACCAAAUGGGAAUUGCGUAAUUGGUGAUUCUCCAGUGUGCCAGUGUUUAAGUGGAUUUAAACCAAGAUUUCCGAGGCAGUGGGACAUGAUGGACUGGACUCAAGGAUGUUUUCUCUCUGAAGAAUGGAACUGUGAGGAAAGGAGGAAACAUGGGUUUGUUAAAUUCAGUCAGCUGAAAGCUCCAGAUACUUCAAAUUCUUGGGUCAAUGAGAGUAUGAGUCUCACUGAGUGCAGGGAUAAAUGCUUGGAGAAUUGUUCCUGUAAAGCUUAUGCAAAUACAGAUGUUAGAGAAGGAGGUAAGGGCUGUUUGAUGUGGUUUGGUGAUCUCAGGGAUAUCAGAGAAUUUUCUGCUGGUGGUUGGGAUUUAUAUAUUAGAACUAAAAUUUUAGAAUCAGAAUUUACUCUGGUCUCUCAAUUCUAUAUAAAUCAUGAAGGUGAGAAAAAAAACUAUAGCACGAAGGUGGUGGCAGUAGUCCUCACAACAGUCGCAGUCGUUGCAGCCAUUCUGGUUUUGUACCAAUUUGGAAAGAGAAUGAAAAAGUUCAGAGCUUGUGAAUCAAGUAAUUCCUUGAUAGUAGAUAAUAAUAAAGAUGAGGAAGAGCUUGAGCUUCCUUUCUUUGAUCAAGCUGCAAUCACCAAAGCAACUAAUGGCUUCUCAAUUAACAAUAAGCUUGGAGAAGGUGGAUUUGGGACAGUAUAUAUGGGUACCCUAGCAGAUGGGCAGGAAAUUGCUGUGAAAAGACUCUCACAAAGUUCUGGACAAGGGUUUAAUGAAUUUAAGAAUGAGGUCAUAUUGAUAGCCAAACUGCAGCAUCGGAACCUAGUUAAGCUUGUUGGUUGUUGCAUUGAAGGAGAGGAGAAGAUGCUUAUCUAUGAAUACAUGCCCAACAAAAGCCUUGACUCCUUUAUAUUUGAUCAGGCAAAGGCUAAAAUUUUAGAUUGGUCUAAACGCUUCAAUAUUAUUUGUGGAGUUGCGCGAGGACUUCUGUAUCUUCAUCAAGAUUCCAGAUUGAGAAUUAUACACAGAGAUCUCAAAGCAAGUAAUGUUCUACUUGAUCAUGAGUUCAACCCAAAAAUAUCUGAUUUUGGCAUGGCUAGAACUUUUGGGGGAGAUCAGAUUGAAGGAAAUACAAAAAGGGUGGUUGGAACAUAUGGUUACAUGGCACCUGAAUAUGCCAUUUAUGGUCUAUUCUCAGUGAAAUCUGAUGUCUUCAGCUUUGGUGUACUAAUGCUAGAGAUAGUAAGUGGAAAGAAGAACAGAGGUUUUUCACAUUCAAAUAAUAGUAUUAACCUUAUUGGACAAGCAUGGAGAUUUUGGAAAGAAAGCAGACCUCUGGACUUACUUGAUUCAUGCAUGGAGAAUUCAUCUGUUCUGUCAGGAGCAUUGCGUUGUAUCCAUAUCAGUCUUUUAUGUGUUCAACAGUUUCCUGAGGAUAGGCCAAGUAUGUCCACUGUGGUAGUGAUGCUGAGCAGUGAGAGUUCCCUACCUCAACCUAAGGAGCCUGGUUUCCUUAUGGAGAAGGAGAAAAUUUUUCUUGGAGCAGAGUCCUCUACCAAGCACCUGUUUUCUUCUACCAAUGAUAUAAGUCUUACCAUGUUAGAGCCUCGCUAGUGCACUAUUUGCCUCAUAUAUUUUUAGGGAAGACAGUAACUAUGCUAAUAAAUUGACUAAUUUAUACUUGGAUAAUAGGAAAUAUUUUAAUGGAACACUUAAUCUGUUAUCAAUUCAGAUAUUUUUUUCA